AGUGAAUUUUGUGGGCUUUAUGUAGUAAUUUGUGGGCGAUGUUUAACAAAUCCCUUGGCUAGACUAGAAAACCCAUGUUCUAUUUUUGGUUAGUUUUUGAAACCUUGGAGAAAUGAAAGGUUAAAGUGAGUGGUAGUGGUAGUGAUAGUGGGAUUGGAGGGAAGCAAGAUAAGAAGAAAAAAAGUGAAGGGUUAAAAACUAAGUAAAUUCGAACACUUUAGCUAAAAACUUGAACAACCAAAACCAAAAAAAAAAAAAAAAAAAAAAAAAAAAAAGGGUGAGAAUCUCAGAAAACAAAAAACCAGAAGAAGAAGAAGAAGAGGAGAGAGAAAAUUAAACCCCCAAAAGUUGAACAGCAAAAACCUUUCCCUCUUUCUCUCUCUUCAAUCGCCAUUAAUGUAAAGCUCGAGCAACAGCAACAACAACAACAACUAUGUCGAAGAUGAAGCAUCUACUUCGUAAGCUACACAUCGGUAACGACCAUCACAAUCGCCAUCACUCGGCGGCUCGUCGGAUACCUAAUAAUCGGACUCAGGAAUCGGAGACUUCAACGGCGACUGCGACGACUCCGCCGUCGUCUUCGUCAACGUCGUCAUCGCCGCCGUCGGUAUCUUCGAGUGAUCGGACAGUAAGGGAAUCGACGGCUACCACGCCGGCGACGGAGAAUGUUGGUGGAAAUGUCAAUAGAAGAAAUCCUGCUGAUUUUAAUUUGAUUGAGGAGGAUUUUCAGCUUCAAUUAGCAAUGGCGAUCAGCGCUUCGGGAUCCGAAACUCGAAAAGACCGAAACGAUGAUGAAUCCGACCAGCAGAUCAUGGCUGCUAAGCAAUUGAGUCUUGCGUGUUCGCCAUCGGUGCCGGAUAAUGAACGAUUGAGUGAAUUUGUGUCGCUUAAGUAUUGGAACUACAAUGUUGUUCAAUACGAUGAAAAGGUAGUAGAUGGGUUUUAUGAUGUUUAUGCUGUCACUUCGCAUUCAGUUGCACAAGGGGAAAUGCCGUUGCUUGUGGAUCUCCAAGCUGUUUCAAUUUCGAGUAAUGUUGAAUAUGAAGUUGUCUUGGUGAACCGGUCUAUUGAUGCUCAGUUGCAGCAGCUUGAGAAUAAAGUGUAUGCUAUAUCAGUAGAAUGUAAGGUUCUGGGACAUGGGAUGUCUUUGAAUGAUUUGAUUCAGAGUUUGGCUAAUCUUGUUGUUGAUAGAAUGGGUGGUCCUGUUGCUAAUGCCGAAGAAAUCACAAAGAGGUGGCGAGUGAGAAGUAAUCAGUUGAAAGCUUCUCUCAACACCAUUGUUCUUCCUCUUGGUUGUCUUGAUGUUGGGCUAUCACGACAUCGUGCUUUGCUGUUUAAGGUACUAGCUGAUAAGUUAAAUCUUCCAUGCAUGCUUGUGAAAGGGAGUUUGUAUACUGGCACUGAUGAGGGAGCAGUGAACUUAAUUAAAUAUGAUGAUGGAAGUGAGUACAUAAUUGAUUUGAUGGGUGCUCCCGGGGCACUAAUUCCUUCUGAGGUACCUAGUAGCCUUCUUUUGGACACUACUCUGGAAGCAAGGGGCUUGUCUGAUAGCACUGCUGCUGUCAACAACUUAAGUUUGGUUUUGGACAAAGUGGUUCGGUUGGAUGGAGAUUUGCGUAAUAUUGUCGAGGUUCCUGAAGUGUUUGGCUCCAAUUUGAAAGAAGCAGCUUCCUUGAGCCCACAAGCAAAACAAGUAAAUGAGAUUGCUGUUAGAUCAGAUUUGAGUGAGAAAUCUGAUUACACUUUUGAGCAGUCUUUUAGGCCGGAAUACAAUUUUUACGAUUGCUCACCAAGUUCUGUUGAAGAAGCAUCGCUGGCACAAGAAAAGAAAGUCAAGGAUGUUUCAAAAUAUGUAAUUAGUGCAGCAAAAGAUCCUGAAUUUGCACAGAAACUGCAUGCAGUUUUGUUAGAGAGUGGUGCUUCGCCUCCAGCGGAUUUGUUUAUGGAUAUGAGUCCUAGUAUUUUACGUGACAAAAGAUUGCUUGAACUAAUUCAACCGGUACGUCGAGAAUUACUCUGUUACAACCCAGAGGGUCAUAGACCUAGUUACGAGAUGCCAAUUGUAUGCAACUCUGGGGUGCAGACCUUUAAUCACUGUGAGAAGCGUGAACAGAAUGUUGAUAAUGCAACACAACAGCAUUCUCAACAGGAUGCAAAUGCUCCUUUUUCUCCUAAGCCUAAUGCUGAGAAUACCGUUCUUGCUGCAACCGAAUCCAACAAAAUGACCACUAGUGGCGCUACAGGUGACUCUUCCAGUGGGUUAGCUGGUCAUGAUGAACUGCCUUCUCGGAAUUCCAGAGGAAAGAUUUUGAACCAAACUGGAUCAAAUGAAGAGCCCAGUUCUCAGUUGGAGACUGCCAAGAGACUUUCUUCUGAUAACCAGAAUGAGGGCCUUAGCCCCGUCUCUAGUGAAGGAGUCUGCCCUAUGCUUGGUGAAUUUGCAGAAUGGGAGAUACGAUGGGAGGAUCUGCAGAUUGGAGAACGAAUUGGGAUAGGUUCCUAUGGUGAAGUUUACCGUGCAGAUUGGAAUGGCACUGAGGUUGCUGUUAAGAAGUUCUUAGUCCAAGACUUAACUGGCGAUGUGCUUGUUCAAUUUAAGUGUGAAGCAGAAAUGAUGAUAAGGCUGAGGCAUCCUAAUGUUGUUCUCUUUAUGGGUGCGGUUACCCGGUCCCCAAAUCUUUCAAUCUUAACGGAGUUUAUUCCCCGGGGCAGUUUGUACAGAUUAUUGCAUCGAUCUGGAGCUCAAAUUAAUGAAUCAAAACGAAUGAAAAUGGCUCUUGAUGUGGCUAGGGGAAUGAAUUAUCUGCACACGAGUCAUCCUACUGUUGUCCAUCGAGAUUUGAAGUCUCCCAAUCUUCUUGUCGAUAAAAACUGGGUUGUGAAGGUCUGUGAUUUUGGUCUGUCACGCUUGAAGUACCACACUUACUUAUCUUCAAACUCUACUGCUGGAACGCCUGAAUGGAUGGCACCUGAAGUUCUAAGAAAUGAGCCAUCCAAUGAAAAGUGUGAUGUUUACAGCUUUGGUGUAAUAUUGUGGGAAUUGGUUACAUUAAGUGUACCAUGGACUGGGUUAAACCCCAUGCAAGUUGUUGGAGCUGUUGGUUUCCAGAAUAGACGCCUUAUAAUCCCUGAAGAGGUAGAUCCAGUGGUCGCCCAGAUAAUUCGGGACUGUUGGGAAAAUGAUCCUCGAUUGAGACCCUCUUUCUCACAGAUUAUCUCUCGCCUUAAGGGUCUUCAUCGCUUGGUUGUACAAAAAGAUUAAACAAGUGUGAUAUAUCCAUUGUGUUCAUAGUUAGGAUUUUUUUGCUAUGCUCGAAGAGCUGGAGUAACAGGAGCAGCUGAACUGUAGCUGUGUAAACUGGUAUUUUUGUUGCAAAGAAACACAGAACUCUGGACUGUCUGGUGUUGGUUCAUUCGAAGCGGGGACUCAGCACUACCACUUCAGAAGUUCAAUUGUGAGAGCCGUGGUUAUCCUCAAAAAUUGAUCGGCUGUGCAAAGCGCAGUGGAGGUUGCCAUGGAGGGUUAGCUGUUGUAGGAUUGCAAGUGUUAAUAUUAUUUAAAUAUGUGCAAGAAAAUACUGACAAAAGAAAAUUCCAAAGUGUAUAAGUUUCAGUUGGGAUAAAAAAAAGUGAAAAUAAAGUUAAUAAAACCACAGUUUUGUGUUUUUUUUUUUGUAAUUUAUUUUUUGGCAAUAUUGUUUUCUACAAGCAAUUGAAAUUGUAAACACUUGGUUUAUAUAUUUACUAUUGUGGAAUGUAAAGAUGAAAAUGGGGGGAAAGCGAGAUAGCUCAUUCCUUA